CCCAAGUACCCCCACUUCAAUUCCCCCUUUCUGAUCCCUAGAGUCUCCUACUGCCCUCCAGUCCCCUUUAUUUGAUCCCCAGGGUCUCCUGUCCUCCCUUCUCCCUCCACCUCCUGGCCCCUUUUCUGACCCCUAGAGUCCCCUGUACUCCCCUGUGCCCUCCUCUCUGACCCCUGGAGUCUGUUCCCCCAUUUUAAUCUCCAGUUCCCCCCAGCCGGACCCCUUUUCUGCCCAAUAGAAGUCCCCCACAACCCCUAGCUCUCCCACACCUUCUUCCACCCCCAGAUGUCCUUUCUGCCUUGUAGAGACUCUGUUCACCCCUUUCCUCCCCACAACCCACUAAGUUCUCCCCCAGACUCUCUUUCAACUCCAUUGAGACCCCACUCCCCUCUUCCCCCCCCAGUAUCCCCCUUAGGUCUCCCCCAAACUCCCUUUCCACCCCAUAGAAGCCUCACUAACCCCUUUCUUCCUCCCACAGCCUCCCCUAUCCACCCCUGGAGUCAUGCAGAAGAAUCUGGAGAUAUCCUAGAGGGGUUUGGGGCAUGCAGAGGGUCCCCAGGGCCACCGGCUGACACUGGGACAACUGCCGGCGGUGCCACCACCGGGACAAGUGCCUGUCCCUGAAGUUUUCUCUGUCACUGUAACUGUGGAGCCUGGAGCCAUACCAACCCAUCUACCUCGAGAGCCCCAUCAGUGUCCUACAGCUCCUGGAGCCAGGUGAUGCUGUUACCCCGACUGUCCCACGCUGUCCCCCCUGCCACGGUGGCACAACUGGAGCACGGUGUCACUGAGUGUCACUGAGUGUCACUGAGUGUCACUGUCUUCAGGUGUCACCAUCACUCAGGUGACACCUCGACACAGCGUGACCUCGAUGUGGAACAGCCGUGACGCAGUGUCCCCAUCCCUGGCUGUCACUGUUGUUACCCUUAUCCAGUGUCACCAUCACUUGUGUGUCACCGUCUCUUGGGUGACACCAUUCCCUGUGCUCUGACCACCACAUAGGGGCAGGCACAGGUGGCCCCACGUUGUCACCAUGCUGUCACUAAGCCUCUCACUGUCUUUUGUCACCUCUCCAGGCCCGCCUACAGCCAGACCCGCUGACACCUGAGCCCUCUGACGCUGUCACCAUCCUCUGCCACGAGGUCAGGGACACAUGGUAGUGAACUCUAUGCCACCACCAGAGGGGACUGCGUGUGACAUCAGUGUGGAACAGCCGUGAUGCGGCGUCAUCGUCAUCGGGUGUCGCUUUUGGCAGCUGGCGUCGGGUGUCACCGUCAUGCGGAGGGGACAAAAGGACCCCCCUGAGGACAUUGCACUGAAGCUGGGAACUCUGUGACCAGCUCGAGGACUUCCCAGGGGAAGUGGGGACACUGCAUCAUGGUGUCACACCCCCAAAGUUGGUGACCUUCAUGUCACCCCCAGAGUGUGACCCCCAAAGUUGGGGACAUCCCCCUGUCACACUCCAAUGUUGAGGACACCCCCCACAGUGUCACACCCCAAAGUUGGGGACACUCCUCUGGGGACCCCUUCUGUGUCCACCCCCACAGACCACCAUUGUUCCCAUGGGGCAGGGGUGAUAGCCCUUAUUUUGUAAUUAAGGUUUAUUUUUUGAUAAUGGGAUUGGGGGAUGACCCCACUCCCCCCCAUGCCCCGAUGUGAAUAAAGGGCAGAAGAGAGGCUAUGGGGCUCCACGUGUCACAUCGGGGGGCAACUUUGGGGACAGAGGUCACUGCAGCAUCCUGGCCCCAUAGCCCCUAUGGCCCCAUAACCACUACAGCCCCACCUGAUAGCCAUCCCAUAUCCAUAUCUCACGACUUUAUCCCAUCCCAUAUCUAUAGCCCAUUCCAUAUCCAUCAUAUUCACCCCACAGCCAUCUCAAAUCCAUCCCAUAUCCAUACCCCCACAUCCUAUCCCCAUCCCGUACCCCAUAUCCGUAUCUAUCUGAAAUCCAAAUCCCCACAUCCAUCCUAUGUCCAUUCCAAAUACUUAUCCCAUUGUCAUCCCAACCCCAUCCCAUAUCCAUAUCCUAUCCCCAGUCCAUCCCACGUUCUUCCUAUGUUGAUCCCAUAUCCGUCCCAAGCCCACCCCAUAUCUGUGGCCCAUCCCAUAUAUGUCCCAUUUUACGGUUUCCCAUUCCAUAUCCAUAUCCCCACACCCCAAUCCCAAAUUUCACAUCCCAGUCCUACAUCUAACAUCCCAACUCCACAUCCCAGUCCCACAUCCUAUACUCCCAUCCCAACUCCAACUCCAACUCAUUCCCAAUCCCACAUUCCAACCCCACCUUUCACCUGCCAAUCCCAAUCUCUCAUCCCAAUCCCAGAUCCCACCCCCUAUCGCAAUAGGACGCACCCCGGAGGCCCCGCCCCCACGGCCGCUCCGCCCCGCCCCCUGCCCUCGCGCCUCCAACCAACGGCCCCGCAUCGCCCCGCCCCCGGCCUCUCAUUGGUCAGCGGCAGCGCCCCCGGCUCCGAUUGGCUGAGCCGCAGCGCGCGGGAGCGGCCGUUGACAGCCGGCUCGGAGCCGCCCGACUGUCCCCUCAGACAGCGCCGCUGCCGCAGCCCGCCCCCGGCACCACAGCACGGGAGCGCCGCUGCAGCCGCUGUGCUCCAGAGCUGUCCGGGCAGCACCGAGACGGAACCGCGGCACGACGGGAGUGGUGCUGAGGACAGCAGCGCCGGAGCCGGGAGGGAGGGAGAGCGGCACCGGCACAGGAAAAAACACCUGCGCAGCCAUAACCCACCUCCCUGUGCGGAAUGGAGGAAUCUGGCCAGAGCUGUGCCCCUGCUUGCCACAGGAGCUGCGCGGGAGGAGAAGAAUGUGGGCCAAAAGGUAAGAGGAGCUCCUUUGGGUUCUGGGCUUGAAGCAAAGCUGAGAAGCCAUGCCCGGGAGGAGGUGUGGGUAGCUACAGGCCAGCUUGCUAUCUCCCCAAGAGAUGAGGUGUGUGGGCUAGGCACCGGGCAGGAGUGCUGGCCAGAAGCAAGCAUCUCUGUGGAGGAAGGCAAAGGGCGGAGGAGGUUCAAGGGUAGCUACCGGGCAUGGCCUUGCUCAGCAAGGGGAGGAAAAGCGUGAAGGGCACGAGAAGGGGACAGAGAAGGGCAGGCAGUAGGCGUGAAGCUGUGAGCAGAGUAGAGAGCAACUUGGCAGAG